ACUUUGCGCGUGCGUGUUUCAGGCGCUCGUUACUACGGUGACGGUAAACAGUCUCGAGCUGAAUGGUUUCCUCUGGGAUUGUUCCCUCUUCUCUGAUCCUGCAGCUCUAGUUGAUCAUGUCAGACGCUGGCUCUGAAGAGUUUGAGGACGAGCAGGGCUCUCUCGGGGAGUACGAGGGGGACAGGAAUGAAGCCGGAGAGAGACAUGGACAGGGAAAAGCGGUCCUGCCGAAGGGAGACACUUACCAAGGAGCUUAUGAGAGCGGCAAGAGAUGCGGCCAGGGGACAUAUAAGUUCAAGAACGGGGCCAGAUACACUGGAGAAUGGUACAUGAAUUUAAAACACGGCCAGGGCACAUUUUAUUACCCAGACGGCUCCAGAUAUGAAGGAAGCUGGGUGGAUGACCAGCGGCAGGGUCAUGGUGUGUACACAUACCCCAGUGGAGACACAUAUGACGGUGAAUGGCUGCACCAUCAGAGGCAUGGGCAGGGUACAUACACACAUCACAACACGGGUUCUCAGUACAUGGGCACAUGGAUCAUGGGUAAAAUGGAGUCAGCCGGCGAGCUGAUCCAUCAGAACCACAGAUAUCAGGGCAACUUUGUCAAUAAUAAUCCCUCUGGUCCGGGGAAGUAUGUGUUUGAUGUUGGGUGCGAGCAGCAUGGAGAGUAUCUCCAGAUAGAUCAGGUGUGUCUCUUCAUGACAACACGUGGCAUGGUCGUAUGAAACUGCAGAUACUAUAUACAAAAUGUUCCUCUCCCGUGUUCUCAGUCUCAGCUGUGUUUUGUCGGUAUAUGGCUUGUUAAGAGAAUUGUUUUUGUGCACUUUAUUGUAUGAAAUGUGCAUGUGUAGUGUCUUUCGAAUCUUAAUAGUAUAUUUAAAGACACACGUGCAGUUAAUAUUAAUGAAAUAAAAGGCAACUUAAGUGUUCUUAAAGAGAGCAGCUUUCAUGACUAUGUUUCUUAACACACUUUUAAAAAUGGAAAUUAAGUCAAAUUAAAAGUUUUACUUUGAAAACCCAUUUUGAAUCAUGGUUUUAAUGUAUUUUAAAGUAGUGCACAGAUUUUUAUGUGUUGAGUUAAGCCAUGAGUUAUUCAAUAUUACACUAAAAUGUUAUAUAUUUUAAACUGUAGCUUCAUUAUUACAAAUGUGUAAUUACAAAUAUUUUUAAAUACA